AUGCCCAUCACAAAGCGUGCGAUCUCGCCGGUCAAUGUAAGCCUUCAUCGUUUACCGGCAUCGAUUCAGCGUGACGAACUGGAAUGCGUCGCAAAUGGCACUCUGGCAAACCUGAUUCGACAGCUGAGCUCGUUGAGCCGCCAUGCUGAGCAUAUUUUUGGCGAAAUUUAUCACGAGGCUGUAAAAUUGGACCAUAAAACGAACAUGCUGUCGCAGCGAAUCGAACGUCUCACGCACAAAGUAUCACAGCUCGACUACACAAAGGAAGAAGUAUCACUGGAGGAUUUGCAUAUGCGUAAGCCGUUUAAAAGUAGUUGUUUGAUCGAUCAGCACACGUUAGAUCGCCAGACACUGCCAUCGGCGCUGGCAGAAUGUUACGCUGCAUGCGAUCCGCCGCCCGCUUUGGAUGCGCUCAAUCCAUACUAUACGGAUCCAUCAUACUUUUUCGAUUUAUGGAGGCAAGAAAUGCUAAAAGAUGUGGGAGAUGGACGCCGUGGACGUGCAGUCAGAUCGCCUGACGAGGGCAGAAGUCCGUCUCGGAAAAAGCGUACGCGGCAACCAGCAUCCACUAAUGUUGCUAGGGAAGCCAUCCCGAGGUAUGCGAUGGCAUCGCAGCAACGUCCUGCGGACAUUAUGCAUUUCCCGGCUGAAUAUCAAGCACCACAAAUCACUCGUGUUGAUCAAGUUCGUGUGCCGGCUGGAAUGAGCCUGCCGACCAGUAAUGGCUAUGUUGUGAAAGCGCCGUAUACCGGCAACGCUGUUACACCGCUUACAGCUACUGUUGCACCCCUCCCUCCUCCAAUCAAGGAGGUACUAUACUGA